AUGCUACUCAGCGAGGGUCGACCGAUCUCCUAUCGGGCCCUAAGCACGUCGCUAGAUGUCCACGUCAACAGAGCUAAAGGUAUGCUCUUCGAUUUCCAUCAAUAUCAGAAUGAACUUCAGUCAGACUCGAUCCACGCUACAUACCUGGUUUCCGGGAUUGUUGCCGCAGCAGAUAGGAUAUCAGAUGUUACCGACAUAAAUAGCUCGUCUCCCCAAUCAGAAAACUUAGCACGAACGGUUGGCAACAGGAAGCUGACACUCGUUGGGGAAGAAAAUUUGCGAGGUUUGCCUCCGCCCUCAUUCCACAAAGAACUCAUUCUUAACAACCGAACAGAUGCUUUAGAAAUGUAUACAAGCGUAACGUCAAUUCAUAUGUAUGGUUUGUCACCGAGCACGAUGAAAGACUUUUGGGUCUAUGAAGAGGCGGUAAACAAGAGUGAUGUUUUGGUAGACAACCGCAAGCAAGUUGGACUUCACGACAAGUGCGGAACUAUUCGCAAUCCACAUAUGCGUUUACGAGAUCAAAAAUCACAGCUCGGCUCGUUUUCUUCUGGUUACGGGCACUCAGUAAAGCAAGGAGAAAGCGGACAGGCCAUCCCUGGCACAGGAAAGGGAAUAGAGCCACAGCGGCAGGGCAAACAACCUGUUACAAAAAGGAAAGAGGUUUUCAGCACCUCAAAUCGAUCCGCACCAAAGACAAUUCUCCAGUCUUUCGCAAAGACAUCUACCAAUACCUCUGCAAAAUCUAUGCAGCAUGUAGAGCAAGCUGACGAGCACACCACUGUACUUUCUGAUGAUGGAGAGCCCGAUGACUCCGACGCUUUACCUUCCAAGUCCGGUUCGGUGUUGCAUUCCAAGAUGAGGUCGCGCAAGGACAGAGAAGACGAUUUAAGGCGCAUGAUGGAGGAGGAGGAUUGUGAGGAAGAACAGGGUGAACCAAUUGAGUUCACACCAAAAGCUGAAGCGGAGGAGAGUUUAGACCCUGAGGCUUCACCUGACGCAGAGCCCGAAACAGAGAUGCUCUCAACAGAACAGGCCUACAAGGAACCUUCGGAGACCAUUUCUAGUUCCGGAGACGGCCGGAGACGAGGCAAGCGUCGGGUGCUGAAGAAGAAACGAAUUUUGGAUGAUCAAGGGUACAUGGUCACGAUUCAAGAACAAGGAUGGGAGUCGUUUUCUGAGGAUGAGAUUGGUCCACCGGUGAAAAAGUCAACGCCACCAGCAAUACCCCCAUCAUCGUCCGCCAAGACGAAGAAAACAUCGACCAAAGGCUCCCAAGGCAGUAUUAUGUCGUUUUUUGCUAAGAAAUGA